AGAGGGAGGAGGAAGAGGAGGCGGGAGGCGUUGCGGCAUCGUCAGCGCGGCCCUCUCCGGAGCCUCCGGACCCCCAGCCCCACCCACCGCCUGGCGGCCGGCCGUUGUUUUAUGUUAGCGGGCGUCUAGUGAAGAGGGGGAGGAGGAGGGGGGGAGGGCGGCGGCGGCGGCCGGUGAACUGGCGGUGGUGCCGAGUGUGUGGGUGGGGCUGGCGCGGCGGCGGCGGGUCCCGCCUCCUCUUUCUCCCUGUGGGGCCACCCAGCGGCAGCUCAGCCCCAUGAGACGCUCGCGGGAAGGGCGUUAACAACCCCACCGGCCCCGCCUGGCCUCCCCCCGGUUCCCCUCAGCCGAGCGAGCGUCGGCCUCCUCCUCCUCCCUCGCCUUCCCCUCCCCGCCCUUGUAGCGCCUGCUGUCAGGCCGGCGCGCGCACUCGCCUCUCCCCACCUCUCCCCAGAGAGCGUAACAUCGAGCCGCCCACCGCCAGCCCUGCCGCCGCCGCCGCCAGCCCCACCACCCUCUCCUCUUCCUCCGGGGGCAUCACCCAAGCCACGGGAAGCCAGCGACGGGGCUCGAGCGGAGGUACCGCCGCCGGGAGCGCCGCGGCGGAGUCAUGAAGAUCAAGGAUGCCAAGAAGCCGUCUUUCCCAUGGUUUGGAAUGGACAUUGGAGGAACCCUCGUGAAACUUGCAUAUUUUGAACCUAUCGAUAUCACUGCAGAAGAAGAGCAGGAAGAAGUUGAAAGCUUGAAAAGUAUUCGCAGAUAUUUGACAUCAAAUGUAGCCUAUGGGUCCACUGGUAUUCGGGAUGUCCACCUUGAACUCAAGGACUUGAUACUUUUUGGGCGAAAGGGAAACUUGCACUUUAUCCGAUUCCCAACCCAUGAUCUGCCUACUUUUAUUCAAAUGGGAAGAAGCAAAAACUUCUCAACGCUGCAUACGGUGCUCUGUGCCACUGGCGGUGGUGCCUAUAAGUUUGAAGAAGAUUUUCGCACAAUUGGAGACCUCCAGCUGCACAAACUGGAUGAACUUGACUGCCUUGUGAAAGGCUUGCUGUACAUAGAUUCUGUCAGUUUUAAUGGCCAGGCAGAGUGCUACUAUUUUGAAAACGCAUCAGAACCUGAAAGAUGCCAAAAGAUGCCUUUUAACCUGGAUGAUCCAUACCCGUUGCUGGUUGUAAACAUUGGUUCAGGAGUCAGUAUUUUAGCUGUCCAUUCCAGAGACAACUAUAAGAGAGUAACCGGAACAAGUCUAGGUGGUGGGACCUUUCUUGGCUUGUGCAGCUUGCUGACUGGAUGUGAAAGUUUCGAAGAAGCUCUAGAAAUGGCAUCUAAAGGGGAAAGUACACAUGCCGACAAGCUAGUCCGGGAUAUUUAUGGAGGAGAUUAUGAACGGUUUGGCUUGCCAGGGUGGGCAGUGGCAUCUAGCUUUGGGAAUAUGAUCUACAAGGAAAAGCGGGAAUCUGUUAGUAAGGAAGACCUGGCUAGAGCUACACUGGUUACUAUCACCAAUAAUAUCGGAUCUAUAGCACGGAUGUGUGCUGUAAAUGAGAAGAUAAACCGUGUUGUCUUUGUUGGUAACUUUUUACGUGUGAAUACGUUGUCGAUGAAGCUUUUGGCAUAUGCACUGGAUUACUGGUCCAAAGGCCAGUUGAAGGCUUUGUUCCUAGAACAUGAGGGAUACUUUGGAGCAGUUGGUGCCCUCCUUGGAUUGCCAAAUUUCAGCUGAAGUGCAAAGCAUCACAAAACUGAAUUAUUUCCUACCUUUCUGGCAUUAUUACAACACUGUUUUAUAUCAACUGGAACCAAAGGGCCGCUGUCUUGCUGUAAAUGUCUUUAAUUGUAAGAAUGAUGGACUGUCUCACUGAGACAGAGUUUGAAGCCUAGGUGUUUCUUUCAGAAGCACCUGGUGAUUUCCUUGUGUAAGGCAACCUCUAACACACGCUGAGAGUUCGGUAUGCACUACAGCCUCUGAAAAAUGAGCCUAGAAAUCAGAAUUGGAAUAUUAUUCAUAGUUUAGCUGUCUGAAUCCUGCAGCGCUGAUCAAAUUUUGCUCCAAAAAUCCCCCUCCAGGCUAUUAGCUUGCAUCUAGUUGUGUCAGUCUUAUAGCCUUGUGAUGAAUGUUAAUUUCCCAUCGGGUCAAAAGAAAUUGACCCAGGGCCACAACCAAGUGCCAUCUACUAAAAAUGAAGUUCUUUGAUGCAAAGAGUUUUUUCCAUCAGUGCAGAGAGAUUACAGUGUGUUCAGACUUCCAGUAUUAAGGUUUCGAGAAAAUAAAAAUGAAAACAUCAGCAAAGACUUUGUACAAUUGAUUUAAGGUGAGUUAAACAACUAAAUACACUUUUGUUUGGCUACCAACUGUAUGGUCAGAUUUUGUUAAGCUUUGCAGUAUCCGAGUUCAUUUGGUGGUUAAAUGAUAGCUGCCUGUGUUGAACGUUCUUCCACGUAGCAUUUUCAAUCAAACAUUAAAGGGCUUCAAAAAUGGCCAAUAGAAAAAGUCCAUAGUUCAAAACCAUCAAUUUUUAUUAAAAACUUGGCAGCUGGUGUGACUGAGAUCAAAGUAGCGAUAGCAUUUCAGUUCUUACAUUGACAGUUCUGGUGGGAUGGCUUUUGUGCAAUUCCUCAGCUUAUAUAAAAACACUGAAAAAUUAACCCAAAUGUCAAUUUAGGGCAAGUUUGUGGCUUCAAGUAUUAAGGCAGCUUUAGAGGUUGUACUGCACAAAUUCAAAAGGUCCAGUGUUCAUUGUAUUCUGAUAAACGGUUCCAGAUACUGCAACAGUGUGGCCUUGAAAUAAACUCAACAUACUGGGGCUACUCCUAUAUUUUCACUGUCUGCUGUUUCAGACUUGAUUGUAAAAGUUUACAAUAGUGGCAUAUUUGUAGAUUGCUGCAGCAAAGCUUACCAUAAGACCUCAGAAGAAGAAAAAAUCAUCUCAGACAAGAAAAUUUCUAUGCAGAGAAAUACAUAAUUGUAUCUCGAGGAAUAUGCAGAUAUCCAAUCCAUGAAUGAAGUUUUCUAGAUGGAAAUUUACCACUCCGACUAGACUCAAGCUUGGUGCUUGAUUUACUUGAUCGAGUUGAUAUUAUUUUGGCACAUCAAUACUUUAUACAGCAAUAUCCAUAUGGAAAAUGUAUCUCUAGAUAUCUAGUGUGCAUGGCUUUUCAAUUUUUAAAAUUCCAUUCCAUUUAACUACAUUUUAGCUCUCGUUGUCAGUAAUUAGUGUUGAUGUUGCUUGUGUUGACCUAAAAGUGAUUUCCCUGUCUUAUGACUUAAAAAUUGGUGAUCUCUAGAGCACACAACAGUGUCUAGAGAUACAUAUUUUGUUGGUCUCAUGCUGGACAGAAAAUACAGACUGAGCCAAGUUUCUUGUUACAGAGAUGCUGUAUUUGACUAUUGUGACCCCAUCUUUUUUUAAAAAGAAAAGUAUAACAAAUAAUUCACAAAUGGUUACAUGGCAGUAACACUUUGCCUUUAAAAGAUUAUAUAUCUUGGCCUCAUGUCUUAACCUAAGUGUUUCAGUUAAAGCGUAUGCUUUCAGUUGCAAUUUAUAUUUUUUAGCACAUAUCCUGGACUGUAAGAAAACCAUCUAAAGUACCUCUUGCUCUGUAUUGAGUGCCAUUCAGAACUGAAGAUGACUGAAACAACUGACAACUCUUCCAUUUUAGUCCCUAGGCAAGUGCAUUACAAGAGUUUUGCUCUAGAAGCAAGCCGGUUUGACAUGUGGUGGCCUAGUUCACACAUCACAUUAAAUCGGAGUUUAAAACAAACUCUGGUUUAGUGUUCCCAUAGUGCUCCUCUUCUCCUGCUUCCAUGCCAUUGGUGUGUCUGGUGUGUCAUGUCCAUCAAACUUUGGGUUCAUGGUUUGUUUCCUCCACACUGCUUACGGUUUGUUUUAGAGGAAACAAACCCACGAGCCUUAGUUCAAAUGGCCCAACUGGCUUGUUUUUUCUGCUGUAUAGAGGCAGGGGAGGAGUUCUGUGGAAAUGUCUGAGGAGUGUGCACCAGCGCACUGCUCAUUUAUAUUAAAGCAAAAGUUUCUAAUCAACUAUGGCUUAGUAAAACAGCUCGGUAUAUCCCACUACAGGAAAAUCAUAGGUUUGAGAGAAACUCUGUAAAUAAAAGCAUCAGCAGUUUCUGUGCUACAUAAGUCUGCAUUUAUUACAUUAAAACAAAAUGCUUUCCCUGCCUUUUUAAUUUGUAGGAAUAGAAGCUUCCAGUGUUUUGACCAUAUGCCCUAGAAAUGUUAUAAAUCCCCAUCAUUAAUACAUGGUUCAUGUUGCUAAAAUGGUCUCAUUUAGCACAAAAUGAAAAGACUGACCGUUGGCACUUAAUACAUAGGACUGCUGAAAACCUGGGGAGAUAGAAAAAAUGCUGGUUAGGUGAAGCAAGAGGCUAUUUCCUUAUUUCUUUAAGGAAAGGAAGAGGGGUUCUGAAUAUUUUGCCUCUUAAGUCUAGUUUUAAGUGUGCCUUAAUCUCUCUCGAGUCUCAACAAAUUGGACAAGAAUAUUUCUGGUUUGGGGUAUUAUCUGUGGUCCUCUUAACACAGAACGGUGCCAAUUCUACAAUUGGCCCCUGUCAAUCAAAUGAAAAAUUGUAAAGCCAGGCGGGCCACUUUUUACUUAUUUUUCUCACUGUACCUUCUCAAUCAUGUAAUCCUCAGUGCUCUUUGGGGUGCAGUGUGAUGUGUAGCCCCGGGUGCAAUAUAAUACUAAAAUAAGAGAACUUCAUCCUGUUCAGAGGGCAACAGUCUAUUAACAAGCCAAAUCAUUUUCAAGUUCAGUGAUAGUACAAUGCAAUAUCCAUUCCAUUAAGAUAUUCUGUAGCACUUUCCUUCCCCAACCAUUAAACUAGGUAAUUAAUUGGCCACGGGGAGGAUUCAUUCAACUAAUGAAUCUCAUCAGCAGAACUCCUCCACAUGGGCUUUUGCUUGUGCAACAGGGCUUUCCCCACUCCACCCCCAAAAAUGGUGCUGUGGGUGAUCAGGAGAACCCCAGGAACAGCCAGGGGGGAUCAUUCUGUUUGGUAAGCCGAAAUGGCACAAUGCAUUCCACCCCAUAUAUUUUCCAUUCCUUAUGUGUAUUGCCAUGGACAUUUUAAAAGCACCAUUCCACUAAACCCACGAGGGAAGUAUAAAGACCCGAUCGCCUUUCUCGUUGCUUGCCAUUUGUGUCCUGCUUUGCGGUAGCUAAUAAGCCACAUGAAUCUAUUGGAAGGUAGCGAACCCAUCAACCUCCAGAUGUUGGACUACUCCCAUCAUCCCUGACCAUUGGCCAUGCUGGCUGGGACAGAUAGGAGUUCAGAGUCCAACAAUAUCUGGCAGGCCACAGGUUCCCCAGCCCUGCACUGUCUCUGUGCCAUUGAAGUUGAUUGUCUGCAACCCUGCUGGGCGUCACUAUAAUCAAGCAGAUUACGGCUAAUAAUGCGUUCGUCCUUCUAAUUGUACUGCUGCUUAAAUCAUAUAAGAGUAAAUCCUGAUUUGUUACUACUUGCAAGUGCUGUGGACAUUGUACCUUUCUUUCAGCAUGUGGGGAAUUCAGGCAACCGUUAUUGCCAACAUCCAUUGCAAUGACAAAACCUUAAGUAUUUGACGGGCGGCAUGUGUGAAUCCCAGCUACACCACUGAGCCAGUGUUCUUUAAAUUCUUUGACAUAUUCCUCUGGGCUGCCUCAUGGAUUGCUAUUGAAAAUAUGGAUUAAGGAUUUAGCAUAUUUAGUCCUCUAAUGUGAAGUGGGUGCACAUCUUCAUCCCUACCCCAAGUAUACCAUAUCCUGGCGCCAGUUGUGCACAGCAUGGUGGAGAUAUGAUGGGGCUGGGGAGAAGGUCGCCACCUUGCCCAUUACAGAAUCAAAAGCAGCUACAUGCUAAAUUUUUAGAUGUCUGCUAUUUUGAUGUGUGAAGCAGCCCUUAAGAUAGGCUUUGAAUAUUUUUCAAGUGCUUGUACCGAGAUUAAAAUUUCUAUUGCUUAAGGAUUCAGACAUGGCUCAUUUAAUCUCCCAAAUAUUCAUGCAUCAAUGCUCUGUAAAUAGUGCAUAUAUCAAUAAAACUCAACUAAAUGCAUUUAGAUUAAGUAAACAAAAUUAAAAUGUGGUGGUAGGUGAAAAUAUAUUUCUAAUUGAACUUUUCUGCUGAUAGGCCAUGUUUGGCUGUUGGGUGUAAUUCCGAAGAGAGGAUUCAGGGGUUGCGAAUCUUAACACACUGUGCCAUUAAAAAGGGACUCUCCUUUUGAUUAUAAUUCAAAUGAAGUACAGUAUAAUAAAUGUUAACCUUGCUGAGUUAAGACUAUAAAACUUGGGAGAUAAGAGAGCUGAAGAUCCGAUUGCUUACCUGUGCUAAAUGGAAAGGCUGGAAUGCACAGCUGAAAACACUGGCCUCUGCUUCUCCAUGCUUCUGUAGGUUUAAUGGAAAGCUUGGAAAAAGCAGUGCAUUCAUUGCAAAACUUCAGGACUGAGGAAGCAGGUGAAAAACAAGAUGCCUUAAUUGAGAGGUGAUAAUCCACUUAAUUUUUCUCAUGCCUAGAAUGCAAUGACUUGAGGUUUCCAAAUUCCAAAAAGCAAUGGCUGUAUUCCGAACUUUGGUAAGAUUAGAAAGACAGCAGCAGGAAACAUUUUCCUUGGUCUACUUAACAAUAUUUCUCUCCCUCCCACACUCCAAAAAGAUGUUUUGAGACAUGACAAAUGGUCAGGAAAAUUGUGAGCAUUCAUUUAACUCUGACAUUUGUGCAACUGAUCAGCGUUCAAAAAGUUUGCCAAGUGUACAUUGGACCACAAAUCCUAACUCUACAAACGUCUCAAAGGUGCUCCAUCUUUCUAGAGCACCUUUUUGUGCAGGAAAUGGUAACAUGAAAAUAAGUUCAAAAUGGGUGCUUUUGGUAGGCAGCACUGUAGAAAAUAACGGGUCUCAUGCCAGGCUUCCUCAACCUUGGCCCUCCAGAUGUUUUGAGACUACAAUUCCCAUCAUCCCUGACCACUGGUCCUGCUAGCUAGGGAUCAUGGGAGUUGUGGGCCAAAAACAUCUGGAGGGCUGAGUUUGAGGAAGCCUGGUUUAGGCAGUCAUUUAGUAUUCCUUAACCUGUUCAUUGUGAUGGAUAAAGUGGAUUGAUGGUACUUUAACCCACUGCUGCUUUGUUUUGAUAGCAACUAAUGGGCUACUUCAGUUUGGGGGCAUAAUGCUAAACUAGUGCUUUGUUAAAGAGUUGGAAGUGAGCUGUGGGCUUUUAAAUUUUCCCCUUCCCCCUCCCCAUUAUCUCUGUGGCUAAAACCCAACAAUGCCCACUUUCUGUUUUAAACUAAUCUUAAAUUUUUGUGUCUCUGGGCAAGAAGAGUAUUUCUGGUUAAUUUAAUCAACGGUUUGUGAACAAGCUGGGAUCCUAAACCAUGGUUUGAUGUUGGGUUUGUUUCAAUAAACCAUGCUUCAAAACUCUUCAUUCCCUUCCCAGAAUGAACUGGCUAAUUUGCAGUUGUGCUGGAGGUCAGGGAAAGGGAGUGUAAACCCAGUACUCUUCUCUUUCAAGUAGCACUAAGCCGCAGGUGGCUGACCUUUGACCUGCUGGAGCAGUGUGACCAAUGGUUAGGGAAUGAUGGGAGUUGUAGUUCAGCAUCGGGAGUGGCCAAAGGUUACCCACCACUAUACUAAACCAUAGUUCAGUACUACAUUGGAAACAGAUCAUGAUGAUGUUGCUUCAUGAGAGGCUAGAUGGGUUUUUACAAUCAGUUUUAAGUCUGAUUUUACUUUUUUAAUUACCAGACGGACAAUUUAUCAAAAUGUAAUUAUGCCUCCUGGACUUAACUCUCUUAUAACUGAUCAACAGUUCAUUAAAGCUGAGAGCACGUCAUGAAAUUGGCUUUUUAUAAAACAGGCUGCAAUUAAAAUAUGUUUUACAGGAUUAAGUCACUUUGUUUUCAAAAUUUCAGAAAGCUGUUCCUAAGUUUGUGUGUUGAUCGUCAUAGCUAUGUCCAUUCAAAUAAUGUUAUUUGAUCUACAUAAUACUUUGCUGGCUGCAUCUAUUACUGUUUUUAUUGUGAACACAUUCCUUAAAAAAAUCUAAUGUAUUAUGGGUAAAGCUCCUCCACAAGACGCUGACAAAUAAAUGUGGACAGAAUUUCUUCUGUAAUCGCAACAAAUUAUCAUUUUUUGUUUUGGUUGUUAAUACAUUUCAAGCAAUAGUUUUGAGUAACUGUACAGCUUGUUAACUUAAGGUUCAAUCAUUACAAAAGGAUUUUUUAAAGUUUUGUAGGUGGGGAAGUUUUAAUAUACAGUACAUAUUAAUAUUCACAUUAAUGAGAAAUAGGGAAUAUUUCGUAUUUUCCCACCUGUAAUGGCAAAGUUAGCAUUUUAACUGGUUUUGAAUAGUCUAAAAGACCAAAUUGUAAUUGAAAAAUACUUUUUGAUUCCAUUGCAGGCUCACAUUCUGCCAGCUUUCUGUGCAUAUAGCACUUAACCAUAACAGCCGUUUUCAAAUAAGUUGCCUUAAUUUGUUGCAGUGAAUUUAUUGUCUUUUUCUCUUGUUUACUGUUCUGACAAUGAUGUAAAAAAUGUAUGUCUUGCAAAUGUUUUAUUCAUAGUUGCUAAAUUAUUUAACACGUCUCUUGUAAAAAAAAAUUUUUUUAAUUUAUUUUCAUCAUGGACGCUCUUCUGUGUCAUUUUCAUGCCACGAUGGAAGCCUAUACCGUAAUCAUUCCCAUCGCCACUGUAUAAAAAUCCUCUGCUGCUUGCAUGAGUAAAUGUGAAAAUUUAAUUUUGUUGUUUGAUGGGCACUUUUCAUUUUCCCUUGUUCUACUACUGUUCUGUAUGAAUGAACAGAACUUUUACUUUUUUUCUAAAUAAAUACCAAUGGUUGAUUCUCUUCCCCCCUACUUUUUAAUUCCAUGUACCCUUGCAAGCUGUCUUAAUAAAGGGGUGAGAAACUUG